AUGAAGAGAGUCUUCGGCGUUAAGAAAGACAAGGAGCCGCCGCCUUCGAUUGAAGAUGCCUCCGAUAGGAUAAAUAAAAGAGGUGAUACGGUGGAUGAGAAGCUGAAGAAGCUAGAUGCCGAGCUGAGUAGGUACAAAGAACAGAUAAAAAAGACAAGGCCUGGCCCUGCUCAAGAGGCUAUUAAAGCUCGAGCCAUGAGGGUUCUCAAGCAAAAGCGAAUGUAUGAAGGGCAACGUGACAUGCUUUACAAUCAGACAUUCAACCUUGAUCAAGUUUCUUUUGCUGCUGAGGGUCUUAAAGAUGCUCAACAAACUAUGUCAGCCCUGAAAUCUGCUAACAAGGAGCUGAAAGGAAUGAUGAAGACUGUGAAGAUUCAAGACAUAGACAACCUGCAAGAUGAGAUGAUGGACCUGAUGGAUGUGAGUAAUGAAAUUCAAGAGACCUUGGGUAGAAGCUAUAAUGUGCCUGAUGACAUUGAUGAGGAUGAACUCAUGGGCGAACUUGAUGCUCUUGAAGCUGACAUGGGAAGUGAAGCUGAUGGCGUGCCCUCAUAUCUUCAACCUGAUAAGGAGGAACCCGAUUUGGAUGCGGAGCUCAAUUUGCCUUCAGCACCCUCAGGAAGUACAACAGCACCUGCUGGCAGGUCCAAUGCUCAGGCUGAGGAUGAACUUGGGUUGCCAACUGUUCCUCGAGCAUCUGUCCGCAGUUAGAUGGUGUGCUGCUAUGCAUAUAGGCAGAAGCUGGAUGGAGCAUGCCCUUGUAAACAUAUUGUGCAAAAUUAACUUCUAUUGAACUGCGAUUUAAUUGAUUUUAGUGGGUUGGGAUUUAUAAUAAGCAUGACUGCAUACAUUUCAUGAAAAGGGGUAGAAUUGUCUUAAUGGGAGUAUUAAUGUCUAUGGUUGCGAGGAUCACACUCCAUGUUGGAACCUUACAGUGGGACAAGUAUGGAAUGGUAGUAUGUGGUUAACAUAUGAAAUGUUGAUGGGUUGUUUAAUCAAUUUUUUAUAAUUAUUUACUUAUUUUCGUUUUA